AUGAAUACUAGUGAGAAAUCUUCGGUCUUAUAGGAAAAUGAAAUUUAUGGACUAACAAAACUUAUGGAACCAAAUUUAUCCCUAGAAUAAAUAAAGUAUCUUAACCUUGAUUUUCAAUAAACUACUUAAGAUAAAUUUCCAAUGAUAGCUUCUCAAAUUGAAAAUUGUUCCAAUCUCAAAUAUUUAAUUCUUGAUUUUAGUCAUGAGUAUGGAUAAAUUUAUGUAAGCCGAAAGCAAUUAUCUAUAUUAGGAGCCAGUAUAACGAAAUGCAAACAAAUAUCUCUUUUGUAAAUGGACUUUACACUUUAAAAAAUUGAAGAAAAUGGAGUAUUAUUUAUUGCUUCUAUUAUAAAAGGUUGUAAGAAUCUUCAAAUAUUAAAUCUUUUUGGAUUCGGGAGUACUCUAAGGGAUGAAGGAUUAUCAAGAAUAGCUACUGCUUUGCCAAAGUGCCAAAAAAUUACAAAGCUUGCAAUAUCUUUUAUUUGUGAUGAAAUCAGUGAUGAAGGGUUAUAAAAUUUAGGAUCUGCUUUAGUAAAUUGCUAAAGAUUGUAAGAAUUGAGUCUUGAAAUUUGUGAUAAUUGUUUUAGAGACGAUGGUUUAUCUAAAUUAGGCUUAAAUUUAGCUAAAUCUGUUAAUUUAUAAGUAUUGAAAAUCAAUACUCACGAUAGAAAUCCAACUUAUAUUAAGCCUACCUCUAAAGGUUAUUACGAUUUAUGUGCUCAUUUAUCAAAUUUAAAUAAUCUCAAAGAAUUUUUUCUGGGUUUCUGCUGGGAAAUUAAUGGUGCAUGCUUACCUUAAGUUGGAUUAGCCCUAAAAACUUGUAAAAAUCUAAUCAAAUUAUUUCUAUUAGUACGUUUUGAAGUAAGCGAUAAAGACACUGAAGAGUUUGCUUUUCACAUAUAAAAUUAUAGAAAUCUCAUCUAAUUUGAUAUUUUAAUAAACCUACAUGAGAAAACUAAGAAGAAAUUAUAAAGAAAAAUCUUUAAAAUGCCAAGAAUAGUUUGCUUUUCUAUUGAAGAUGAAGAUUUUGUAGAUUUAAUAGUUGAAGAUAAUUUACGUUAUUUAGCUAUUCAUCGUUUGGAAAAAUAAAUUAUUAGGAUUAAAUAGUUUGACUGUCCAAAAUUUAACGAUUCCAAUGAUUAAUCAAAUAAAUGA